AUGGUAGGUUGGUAUGACGAUUGUGAGGCGAUGAACGAAGGAGACGCCCUUGGAAAAAAGAGAAGAAUGGGGAAGCUGAAAAAGAUUGUGAUGACCAGAUGUAUUGGUGGCAAACGGCAUUCAUUGUCUAUCAAGAAAAUAUUGGAGGACUUGGGACGGAUGAAGGAUCAUCAGAGAAAGAAGAAUGAUGAUGGCAUUAGUAAGAGAUUUCAUGAGUUAAACUCGAAUGCACGCGAAUCAUGUUCUGCCAAUGGCGCAAACACCAUUUCAUCCAUAUUGUUCGCGACAUCCUCCUUCUCCGCCAACGUAUCAAACGAUUCCGUGGACGAUGAUACCAAUGAUGGGAUCUUUCAAUUUCGACCUUGCACGGAUCCAACAUGUGAAUCUUGCACCUUGUCGUGUGCCGACUGUGGCAUAAAAUACAAGUAUUGGGACAAAUUUUGGAUAAAGUGUACUUGGUGUAAAGACAGGCAUUUCUGCG